CCCAACGAAAUAAUUUCUGCACACGGCACCAUAGUACUUACAUUAGGUGUGACCGAGCGCCAGUGAUCUAAGUAUCUGACAUUUAGAAGCUGCUCUCAACUUUGAGAUAUGUCUGGACCCCCACCACCAUACCCAGGAGGCCCAGCCUACCCCGUAGACAACAAGGGAGUGCCCCCUCCAGUGCAGUAUCCCCCGCCUGGACCUCCACCCCCUGGAUACCCAGCUCAUCCCGGUUAUCCCCAACAAACAGGUCAACCCUAUGGAGUACCAGGCCAGCCGAUGUAUGGUCAAGGUUACCAUGGUUACAGUCAGCCAGGUCAGCCCGGUUACACACAGGGACAGACAAGCACCACUGUGGUGGUCCAACAGCCUACCAUCGCUGUCGUACAGCAGUUCAGGGAGGCACCGGUACAGACCCAGUGUCCACACUGUGCCGCACAGAUCGUCACGGCAACUCACUAUGACAAUGGCACGUUUACCUGGGUCAUCUGUCUCAUCCUGUGCCUUGUUGGGUGUGAUUUCUUCUGCUGUCUAAUCCCGUUCUGCGUGGAUGGCUGCAAGGAUGUUAUCCACACCUGCCCCAACUGUAAAGCCAUGGUGGCCCGAUGGAGUCGGAUGUGAGCCCCCUGACAUGGCAGAAGAGAGCAAGCAUCACCAUGGUGACAAGGAGUAGGCUAGUGUCAACAAAUUCACCACAUUUCCUAAAUGGUGGCCUACAGCUAUGUAUUGUCUAAUUCUGUAUUGUUAUGUUAAACUAAACAAUGUCUUGUAUGAUAUAACAUAUUCUGGACCAACCUGUUUCUUUUUUGUUGGUUUAUCUUGUAAAUGAUAUACAUGUGUUUUACUCAAGUGUACUUUUACCAAUUUUGUCUUGCAGUUAAACAGUUUAACUAGGGUUUAGUGGUUUCCAUCUAUUGCACAAUGUUAAUACAGCGACCUUCAUCUUCUGUCUUAUUGAUGGGACUUGGGUUGUUGACAGCGUACCAUACAGUGGUCUUUACAUAAUGUAUGGUGUCCUGUGAUGUACAUUGUUGAUGUGCGGUAUCACUGUACUAUUUAGUGGAAGAGUAAAGGCAGUUGACAACUUUGAUGUCUCUGUUCUCACCACCUUGAUGCACGUCGGCAUUAUGUAAAGUGUUAAUGUUAAUGUUAAUUAACAUGCAGUGAAAAUUCUCAAUCCUCACAGACACAAUCUUGAUGGAUUUUAUAUUUUUAUAAUAGAAUAGUGCAGAGAAAGACACGUCAUGAAUGUGGGUUUGUUCUUGUGUGGGAAGUGUUGCUGCUGGAUGCAAGCUGUAGGCCCCUAUCACGUACUGAUCAUACUGGUCGGCAACUCAGUACUGUAGGCCCCUAUCACGUACUGAUCAUACAGGUCGGCAACUCAGUACUGUAGGCCCCUAUCACGUACUGAUCAUACAGGCCGGCAACUCAGUACUGUAGGCCCCUAUCACGUACUGAUCAUACAGGUCGGCAACUCAG